AUGUUUAGGAUUCCUUUACCACGCAGAUCUGCAUGUGCAGAUCCGGAGCCCACAGGUUCUCUUCAGGUGCCUCCUGAUGACAUGCCGCAACCUACAGUUCAUGCUACAUCAAAGAUCAAACCGUCCCAUUUCUGCCCACUUGUUCUUGCAGAUGAGCGAGUAACGACUUGGCGAUCUCCAUAUUCCGACGUUGUGGAUAAGAAGCUGUCAGCUUUGGUUCCUAUGCAUGUGCUGGAAAGAUGGCGGUUAGUCAUGGCUAAUUCGGUGACCGAAGAUGCCCGGAAAAAUUAUGGUGCUGGCUUGUUGAGAUUCACUCAAUUUUGUGACACUUAUUCUGUGCCUGAAUCGUUGCAUGUUCCGGCCAGUGAACCACUUUUGGCCUUAUUCAUUUCAGAGAUGGGUGCAGGCAAAGUUCAGUCAUCCACCAUUGAUUCAUGGUUAUCAGGUCUGGCUUUAUGGCAUGACAUCCAAGGAGCAUACUGGUAUGGCGGUAGAAUUUUAUCCUGCACAAAACAAGGUGCAGCAGCAAUGGCACUGCCAUCUACUAAACCCCCUCGCCUGCCGGUAACUGAGAAGCAUAUUGCUUCUCUACGGUCUCACUUGGAUAUCAACAACCCCCUCAACACUGCCAUAUGGGCUGUUGCCACUAUUGCGUGGCAUGGUUGUACCCGUCUGGGAGAGCUUCUUCCUUCACGAUCGAAGCCGUUCAGUAUGUCUCAUAAUGUCUAUUGCUCCUGCCCACGGAAAUCAGGAACUGCUUCCAACGGCCACAAGUGGAUGAAUCUGUUUGUACCUUGCACCAAAACCAGGAAAUUUCGGGGUGACUGGAUUUCGCUAACUUCGACUAAUGAUGAUUUUGAUCCCAUCCAUGCUUUACAGAAUCAUCUGAGCAUCAAUGAUGAUUUGCCUCCUGAUGCCCCACUUUUUGCAUAUUCUCUCAGCUUAUCCGCUUGGGAAAAGUUGUCAAAGGAGUCCUUUCUCACUCGUUGCUCACAAAUUUGGGCCCUUGAUGACCUUGAUGCAGCCAGUGGUCAUAGUUUUCGCAUUGGAGGAACCACAUACCUUUUACUACUCGGAGUAGAUCCCUGGAUUGUGAUGAAACAGGGAAGAUGGUCUUCCAAGGCGUUUCUCUUAUAUUGGCGCAAAGUCGAGGAAAUCCUUCCUCUUUUCAUAGGUGAUGCUAUGGAUAAGUUUACGAUGGACCCAUUAGGAGCAUUGAUAAUGAGGGUAUGCAGAUUGGAGUGA